CAUGUUGGCGGCCCCGAAAGCGCCUCCCCGGGUCUGGCCUGGGGCCUGGGGCUCGGCUCCUACCCGAGACCCGGCCCCAAACUGCACAGCCUCCUCACGGCCACCCCCUCGGCCGCUCGCUCGCAGACCCCGGAAGUCCUGGGCGAAGGACGACUUCCCGCGAGGGCCGAGCACUCCGCUCCCCAAGCCCCGUCCCGCGGCUCACGGCCGCCUACACCCGGAACUCGGCGCUGGGGUGCGGCAUGCCGGGAAGGACGGGCGGGGCCCGCCCAUCGCGCUGGGCGCCCAACCGCCGCUGCCGCCAUCUUGUGACGCGUCGGGGCUGGCGCCGCCUCCCGGGGGGCCGGUCCCGAGCUGGUGCCCUGACGCGACCCCGACUCGGCUUCGACCCGCUCUUCGGGGCUCUGCCCUGGGCGGCAGGCUCCUCUUAGCGUCUGUUUAGGUAGCCGUCCUCCGUGGUUGGGGAUUGUUAGCCCAGCGAUCCAGAAUCAUCUCAGCCAGGUCCGUGAAACGCUUGGACAUCUUUUGUUUGCAAGAUGCUCGCACCCCGGGAGGUCAGCAGGGUCGUAAGCCCCGUUUUACGGAGGGGGAGGAAGAAGGCAGGAUUUGAAUCCACAUCCGCACACACACACGCACCCCUCUUUUGUCAAAUAAGAGUUGGACCGCCUCCAGCACCUCCACAGAUGUAAGGGGUUGUGUAAAUCACUACGUGCGGUGUGAAUAGUAAUUAUCCCCCGAGAACGCGGCAUUCGGAGAAAUAGCGCCACCCUUUGAGUUCCUGUGUGAUUCUAGAACCUAGAUUUUGGAAGAUCAUGCUGCUGGAGUGUCCUCCUGCCCUUUUGAAUUCACAAAUUUGAAGAUUCCAGACUCCUUCCUAAAAUGGAAGAUAAAUGCACAGAUCGAGCACAGAAGUCUAUUGCUUAGGACAAUGUGAUGUCCAAGGGGAAAAAGCCCUCAAAUCUCUCCCCUUAUAGAGCAAGGUCUUUUGCCUGAAACCAUAAUCACUGAAGGAAUCAAAGAGAGAGAAGGGUGCAGCUGGUUUCUCCAACUACAUGGCCAACUGAAAAAGUCUCUUUGCAACUUUGUAACAGAAGCCAGUUACAGAAUGUCUAUACCUACUCCAGUCCCUCUUGGGCACUUCCCUUCAGCCAAGUACUUUGCAAAUACUUUAUCCUCAAUAAAUGGGGAUGGAAACAG